AUGGCUUGCCAAAGAUCAUAUUUUCCUAAAGCUGAAAUCAGAAAACCUGCCCCAGCUUUUACAGCUACCGCUUGGGAUGGAAACAGAAUCCGUCAAGUUUCUUUAUCAGACUUCAAGGGGAAAUAUGUUGUUCUUUUCUUCUACCCAUUGGACUUCACCUUUGUCUGCCCAACUGAAAUUGUCCAGUUCAAUGACACUGCUCCAGAAUUCAGAGCCAACAACUGUGAAGUCUUAGCCUGCUCAGUUGACUCUGUGUUUACCCACAGAGAAUACACCCUUAAAUCAAGAGCUGACGGAGGCCUUGGCAGAAUGCAGAUCCCUCUUAUUGCAGAUCUUAACAAGCAGAUUGGAAAGGACUAUGGUGUCUACCUUGACCACUCAGGAGAUGAAGGUGUGUCCUUGAGAGGAACUUUCAUCGUUGAUAAGGAUGGAAUUCUGAGACAUAUUUCAGUCAAUGACCUACCUGUAGGAAGAAAUGUCAGAGAAAUCCUAAGAUUGGUACAAGCAUUCCAAUACACUGAUGAACACGGAGAAGUCUGUCCUGAGUCAUGGGCUCCUGGCGCUGCUACUAUGGUGCCUAAUCAUGAAAGUGACCAACUCCAAAACUUCUGGCAAAACCAGCAUGCUAAGCACUAA